AUGAUACAUCAUGUAAGUGUCCUCUCCUUGAGUUGCGCACAAGGGUAUUGGUGGUCAUAUCUGCGGCGCCUUUUAAAAUUUGUCUUUGCUGUUCUUCCUUCCUUAACCCCAAGUGUCGUUAGUGCUGCGCAGCCCUUUAUUUUUAUUUUUUUGACAAUGCGCCGGAUGUGUGUGCAUUUGUGCAGGGCCGCAGCGGCAGCGGCCAGCGUAGGGAGUUCCAACAAAUCUGACCCAAUAGAGGAGAAGAAGCAAAAGGCGGAUAACAUCUUCACCAUUCGCCGCUCCCCCGCUAGUUUGUACGAAAGUACGAUGCACAGCAACACACUAUCGGACCACCCACUGACUCACCGGGCUCGCCGGAAUGAACUCGCUUAUCGCAAACGUAGAUUGACUGAACGUGGAAACUAUGAACAGGCUGCUGAAGCUGAAGCUGAGGCCGAGCGACGGGAUCGAGAGGGUCGAGGAGGUGCAGAAACACGCGAAUAUUACAGCGCCAUAUGUUUUGUAGUGCUCGGAUACCUGACAGCUCAUGGUGUUGUUUUUAAGAGGUUUUACCCACAAGAUUUGCAGUUGAACUACUCGCCUGACCGUGGCUAUUCGGAUGAAGUUGCUGCAAGGCGGAAGGAACUAGCCGCCAUAAACGAAAUGGUGGGAGUUUCUGUACUGGAAAGUGUAUACAGCAAGGAGAAGGCCAAAAUCAAAAGUGAAAUUGACGCUUAA